AUGCCAAGAGGCCCGCCGCUCACCGACCUCGAGAAGGGCCAGAUCCUUGCCCUGCAUCAUCAGCUUAUGUCCUUACGGGACAUAUCGAAAGAAUUGGGAAGGUCCGUAGGAUCUGUGCAGCGCAUUUUAAAGAAUCCCAGUCGCACUGCACGGUCUCGGGCGCAUGUAACUGGUCAAAAGUUGACUGUCCGGGAAGAAAAGGCUAUGAUUCGAAAGAAAACCACAGGAAACUAUUCAGCUCGAGACAUAAAACAAGACCUCAACUUGCCGGUAGGAGUCCGCAGAAUUCAACAAAUUCUAAGGGCAACGCCACAUCUAAAGUAUAGAAAAAUGAAGACCGCCCCAAUGAUGACUUCUCCGCACCGCGAAAAAAGGGUCAAAUGGGUGCGCCGUUUUAUAAGCAAGGGGGACUUUUUUUGGAACAAAGUCAUCUUCAGCGAUGAGAAAAAGUUCAACCUCGACGGACCGGAUGGAAAUGCCUGCUAUUGGCAUGAUUUGCGCAAAGAUGAAAGGUUUUUUUCUAAGAGGCAAAAUGGAGGAGCUACAGUUAUGGUUUGGGGAGCCAUUUCUCCUUACGGGGUAUCUUUUUUGGUGUUUUUAAAUGGAAAUCAAAAUUCGGGUAAGUACUGCGAAACCCUGGACAAGGCCCUACUGCCUUUUGCCGCAGAGAUGUAUGGGGAAAUGGAGAACUGA